AUGGACGGCUCAAGCAUCGCGACGUCAUCGGCGGCGUCCGUUUCUACGUCGAAACCGGCUAGCCAGAGUCAGAUCCCAAGCAUUCUUCUCCAUGGAGUACCUAUGAUCAAGCUCUCCAACAAAAAGGUCAAGCAGAGGACGGUAUGGCUGAGUGCGGAGGGGCCUAGUAUUCGAUGGGACAGCAGGAAGCUUGGUGUCGUGAGAAUCGAUCAAAUUAGAGAGGUUCGCUACGGACUUUCUGCUUCGCCAUCUCAACCCGUUCCGGGUCUGACCGAAUCAGCUCGCACACGCUGGAUCACGAUCGUCUACACUCAACCUCCGGCGUCUUGGAAGACGUUGAACAUCGUCGCUCUCAAGGACGACGAUUUCAAUCUCUGGCUCGAGACGAUAUCGAAUCUCCUCGGUGCUAUCAGAGGGAUCUCGAUGUCGAUGGGUACCGGGAAUGCGACAGGAGGUGUCAUCGGCAUCACCGGUGAUAAACCGGCUGUCGCUGGCAUGAACUUGCACCAGAGAGACAGUUGCUGGAUCGAGGCUGACCAGGAUCAAGACGAGAAGAUCUCAUAUGAAGAGGUCUGUAGGGCUUGCAAACGAAUGGGCAUUGUCAUGAACGAUAUCGAUAGCAUCAUAGCGAGCUAUUGUGAAGUAAAUGCCGAGAACAAAGGAUAUCUCACCAUCACCGACUUUACCUUAUUACUCAAGAUGCUCAAGCGACAGCCAGAGAUUCAGGAAAUCUACGAAUCGUUGACUCAGGAAGGUCCGCUUGACGGCAAGCGAUUCGGACAGUUUCUGCGUGAAGUGCAGAAGAGCAAACUACCCGAGAAUGAAGUCAACAGGAUCUACAUUGAUCUUGUUCGCGGAGCUGAAGCGAUGGAUUUCGAAUCGACGUCGACGUCGGUACCAACGGAUGCUUCGACGGCCGACGAUUUCUCAGUCACAUCAGAACAAACCUCAUCGAUGGCCGGAAGCGCUGCAGGCCUUUCACUCGAGCAGUUCACCACAUUCCUUUCGGCCCCAGUCAACGCGGUGCUGGAUCCUUCUCAGCGUAAAGUCUGCCAAGACAUGAACAGGCCUCUAUCCGACUAUUUCAUAUCGAGCUCGCACAACACCUAUCUAAUCGGCCAUCAAUGGAAAGGGGAGAGUACUGUCGAGGGAUAUGUGCGGGCUUUACUAGCAGGGUGCAGGAGCGUAGAAAUGGACAUCUAUGAUGGCGAUGAUGAACCCAUCGUCUACCAUGGCAAAACGUUGACCGGAUCCGUAUCGGUUCGCGCCGUGUGCGUGGCCAUCGCAUCUUACGCAUUCAUGGCGUCGCCUUACCCUAUCAUCAUCUCUGCGGAAAUGCAUUGCGGUCCGGAACAGCAACUGAAACUGGUGGGCAUUCUGAAGGACGUAUUCGGGGAGCAACUCGUGACUGCGGAGCUACAAACGAUACGCAAGGCGGAAGCCACUGCCGAGUUGGCACAGCUACCUACACCGGAGCAACUCAAAUACAGAAUUCUAUUCAAGUCCAAGCGAACGUUGGAAUCCGCAGCAGGAUCCGGCUCAGAUCCCUCUGCUUUGCCAGCUAUAUCUGAUUCUACGGAUACGACCGAAUCUUCCGAGCCAGACCAUCCUUUAUCUCGCAGUCCUCGGGCACGCACAUUCCUCGACAAGGUUACUUCGAAAGUCGCCAAGCUCACCACCUCGCCUCCACCCUCGCCCCCGGUGUCGUUUGGACAGAAUAAUCCUCAGAUGCCCAGAAGAUCGAGGUCCUCAUCCGCAAGUUCCGCUGUUAAGAUGAGCCGCAAGCAGGGAAUCGUCCCGGAACUAGCUGCUCUCAUGAUUUACACGGCCGGCGUCAAAUAUCGCGGAUUCAGUAAACUCGUAGAAUACAAAGCAGAGGAGAUGUUUUCGGUCUCCGAAAAGGUUGGGACCAAGAUCUUACGGGCGACACCGCUUGAUUUCAUCAAGCACAACAGGGCACAUCUAUCUCGGGUCUACCCGAACGGUACCCGGUUGACCAGUACGAAUUAUCUACCGCAUCACUUCUGGGCUAUGGGAGCGCAACUGGUCGCACUGAAUUGGCAAACGUGUGAUGCCGGAUUUGCCUUCAACGCAGCGAUGUUUGCCAGAAACGGCCGCUCGGGAUACAUACUAAAGCCGGAAGCGCUGCGGUCGAGACACAAGGAACUCCUCGCACAGAAAGAUCGUCAUAUCUUACAGCUGACAAUCUUGUCAGGUCAAUCGCUUCCUUUACCAUCGGACGUCGAGAUUGACGAGAGUCGCUUGUACAUCGAAGUGACGGUAAACGCUCCCGGUAUAGAUGCAGCGAAGAGCGUUAGCUCGGUCGGAGUGAAGGCCAGCAGCAAUUCUUCGGGAUCAUCGACAUCUUCAGAUUCGUGCUCGAUUCGAACCAAGGCUAUCGUUGGGAACGCUUACAAUCCGGCCUGGAAAGAAUCUCUGAGACUGAGCUUCGAUACCUAUCGGGGCUUGCUGGAUCUUGCUUUCGUCAAGAUCGAGAUCAAGAACGCCGUCACAUUGGGCGACGAUGUCACUUUCGCACACUAUUACGCGAGCCUGGGCAGUCUCGAGCAGGGGUACCGCUACCUUCCUCUCUUCGACAGUCAAAUGUCACAAUACCUUUUCUCGACCCUUUUUGUGAAGAUCGAUCUUACCGUUUGA